AAACUUUUUUUUUUUUUCUCUUAUUAACUAGACAAAAGGUGGUAACAUUAUUAACUACUAAACUUUUCUUUUUUCCUAGACUACAACAAAAAAGGUGGUGUUGAUUAAUUUUUUUUUUUGGUUGUUGUAAUGGAAGAUGGUGAUUUGUUAGGCUCUACAAGUGAGAAAAAAGAUGGAGAAAUAGUUAAAGUUUAUAAUAAUAGUGGUAGUAAUAAUGAUGGUGGUGAAAAGAAUGUAGGGAUAACAGUAGCAACAGCUUCUAGUAUGUUUCCAGGUUUUAGGUUUUGUCCAACUGAUGAAGAGUUGAUAUCAUAUUACUUGAAGAAGAAAGUUGAAGGUUCUGAUAAGUGUGUUGAAGUUAUUUCUGAAGUUGAGAUUUGGAAACAUGAACCUUGGGAUCUUCCAGCUAAAUCCGUUGUUCAGUCCGAUAAUGAAUGGUUCUUCUUCUCGCCUCGCGGACGGAAGUACCCAAAUGGCUCGCAGAGUAAAAGGGCAACUGAGUCUGGCUACUGGAAGGCCACAGGAAAAGAACGUAAUGUGAAGUCAGGUUCUAAUAUGAUUGGCACAAAGAGAACCCUGGUGUUCCACAUCGGUCGGGCACCCAAAGGACAGAGGACACAAUGGAUAAUGCAUGAAUAUUGCAUGACGGGGAACUCUUAUUAUCAGGAUUCAAUGGUUGUUUGCCGCUUACGGAAGAAUAACGAGCUUCCUUUGAAUGACACCCCAGGAAAUCAAAGGAAUCAUCUGGCUGCAACUAAUGUCACCACUGCUUUGUUUGAGGCAGGACAGUUGGAUGGUUUGGGCUUGAUAAAUGGAGGGGAGUGCUGUUCAAAAGAGGGUAGUAGCAGUUAUAGUUCUCGUUCGGUUGAGCAGAUUGAAUCUGGAUCAGAAUCCGAUAAGCUGAAUAAAGAGUUGCCUCAGCAUCAUUCCUCUAGUUACUGGAAGGAUCGUGAUGAAGAGGACUGUUUUGCUGAUAUAAUGAAAGACGAUAUCAUUAAGCUAGACGAUUCUUCAGAUAGGGCAAGACACAAUCUGUUGCCAACAAUCACUAGGAAGAUUGAACCCUCUACAAAGCCGACAACGUCUCAGGAAGCUCAGAAUCUGAUGCCUCAGUCUCAUAGGUUGCCUUUCCAGGGCACCGCAAAUAGAAGACUAAAACUACAAACGGAGAAACCACCCCGUCGAGUAAAAAGAUCUGAACCACAUGAAGCUAUUAAAAAGAAUAGCCACGCUCGGGGCAUCAGUAGACAGUUGAUCAACAUAAUUCCAGUUACAAGGACGAUACCUUUACUUCUCGUUUCCUUGAUGUUACUGAUCGUGUAUCUUUCUUUGUUCGGAGUUCCAAAACAAGUAAAAUCGCAUUACUCCAGCUGAAGCGUAGAUGUCUUUUGUAGUACUUAGUGGCAGGUUAGAGAAAGUUAAUUCAGCUUUUUGAUGCAUUUUGAGUAGGCUUUGUGCUGCUAAUGUCCAAGAUGACACCUUGUAAAUUUUGUAGAGUUGUAUCAUAGUAACAGAACUUUAAGGUUUUGGUGUCUUAACUUUAGGUAGUUGUAUAAUACUUUCGAAUUUUGUAGUUGUAUAAUAUGAAGUUCUUUUUUUUUUCUGCAUGAAAAAUUAUCAGUUCUGGUUCA